ACCAUUACGUAAACUUCACACCACACAGGUUUUCUGGUUUCUUCCCCUGAAGAAGAAGAUCUAACAUUACCGAAACUCAGGAGCUCCUCAACUCCAAGCGAUACCAAAACCCACUCUCUCCCUCGCUAGCCAUGGCGGACUUGCAGCCAUGGAUCACUUCGUUCCCAAGCAAAACAUUCCUCCAUGGAUUCCGACCCUUAUUAAAGCCUUCCAUUUUGAUUCACAACUCAAGGAACCAUCGACGAACGUAACUCCCAUGUUUCCCUCUUUUUUGUCGUUUCAGUAGACGAAGAUCGAAUAAUUAGCUGAAAUCAGGAAGAAUCCAGCUUUGAAGAUGGCGAAAGGGAAGGCCGGAUUUCCCGUUCCUCUUCUUGUACAGGUGGUGACCAUUAUAGCUCUUUCAAUGUCUGCAACGGCGGCCGGGUCGGGAUACGGCGGCGGUUGGAGCUUGCGCAAAGCAAUGUUCUCCAGAGGAGGAGAAUCUUCUUCAGCUUCUUCUUCUUCUUCUUCAUCUUCUUCUUCUUCUUCUUCUUCAAUGGGGUUCAAUCGAGUUGGUUCCUCUGUUGUGUUUCCGCUUCAUGGGAAUGUCUAUCCAACUGGGUUCUAUAAUGUCACAGUGUACAUAGGCCAACCACCAAAGCCAUAUUAUCUUGAUGUGGACACAGGAAGCGACCUCACUUGGCUCCAAUGUGAUGCUCCAUGCGUUCAGUGCAUUGAGGCACCUCAUCCAUAUUACAGACCCUACAAUAACCUGGUCCCUUGUAAGGACCCAAUCUGUGCAUCCUUACACCCACCUGGUCACAGAUGUAAAGAGAAUGACCAGUGCGACUACGAGGUUGAGUAUGCAGAUGGUGGUUCAUCACUUGGUGUCCUUGUCAAGGACAUGUUCUCUUUCAACUUCACGAAUGGGAAGUAUCAGUAUCCUCAUCUGGCACUUGGAUGUGGAUAUGAUCAACUUCCAGGAGGAUCUUAUCAUCCUAUAGAUGGAGUGCUAGGCCUUGGUAGUGGGAAAUCUGGAAUCUUGUCUCAGCUCAGCAGUUAUGGUCUGGUGAGGAAUGUCGUAGGCCAUUGUUUAAGCUCGAGAGGUGGAGGGUUUCUCUUUUUCGGUGAUGAUGUUUAUGACUCGUCUCGAGUAGCUUGGACACCAUUGUUGCGCCAUGAUUCAAAGCACUACUCUCCAGGGUAUGCAGAACUUCUAUUCGGCGGGAAGGCAACUGGAGUGAAAAACCUCCUUGUAACAGUAGACAGCGGGAGCUCCUACACUUACUUCGGCUCCCAGGCAUAUCAAGUCUCGCUUCAGCUGGUGAAGAAGGAACUAUCUGGGAAGCCAUUGAGAGAAGACUGGGAUGACCGUACUCUCCCAGUGUGCUGGAGAGGGCAGAGACCAUUUAGUACCAUAAGAGAUGUGAGGAAGUACUUCAAGCCUCUGGCACUCACCUUCAAAGACGGUUGGAGGUCCAGAACUACAUUCGAAAUGCCCCCAGAAUCCUACCUCAUAAUCUCGUCGAAGGGAAAUGUUUGCUUGGGGAUCCUUAACGGGACUGAGGUGGGCUUGCAGGAUCUGACUAUCAUUGGAGACGUCUCGAUGCAAGAUCGAACGGUGAUCUAUGACAACGAGAAGCAAAUGAUUGGAUGGAGCUCCGCCACUGCCAAUUGUGAUCGACUUCCCAGCUCCUCAUCCGGCUACUGAGGAGGGAAUCAUUGAUCAUUUGCUUCAUAGUAGAUGAUGAUGUAAUAAGUUCAUAAACCAUGAAAUCGGCUCAAUGUUCUUGAGUCUUGAAAUAAUCAAAUAAUUCAUCUAUUGAUAAGUUUCAUCAUUUUCAAAGUUGUUGGAAUUAUUGCGUGCUAACUAGUUAACUUUGGUUUCUAUAUUCCCAUAGCUAAUCAGAUUGACUUCCCUGUCUCUAAAGGACGGUGACGCCAUGCGCGAUUGCAUCAACACUAUUAAUUCAUUCGUUGCGAUAAUCAAUUAUGAC